AUGGCGCUGUGGACACCAUAUAUUCAAGAAUGUGCUCUUGAUUUGAGCAAAACGAGAAUUAAUGAAAUAAUUCCGGCAGCAUUAGAAAGGUAUACUGCUCUCGUAGUGCAACAUGUUGUUCCAAGGAACCAAACUGGAUAUGAUGAAUAUUCAGGAAGCUAUUCUCACAUACCGGCGAAUUCAGCGUCGACAUCGCCAGAAUUACUAGAACUACAGGAAUGCGAACCGGGGUCAUUGUCAGAUGAUCCAGAAUACACAGAAUUUGAAAAAGACGCCCUCAGAGUAAUUGCGGAAAGAAAUGGUGGAAUGCUGAUAGGGCAUAACCCUAAAAUGAAAAGAACUAUUCAAACAAAUGAAGCAGCCGAUGAAGCAUAUCGUAUACAGCGACAACGAAACAAUUUUGCAGCGAAACAGAGCAGAGAUAGAAGAAAAAUGCGAGAACUUCGUUUGUCACUACAAACAACUUAUUUGAAGAAGAAGGUCACGGAAUUGAAUGCGAUGCUGGCUACUAAUCUUUGCAAGAAUUGUCUUGAACUAUCACGUAGCGUCAAUUUUUAA